CUGUGCGCGCAGACUGAACUCAUCCAUUGCUUUUCUUUCUCGAGAGGCUGUGGGCAAGUGUCGCCAGUUACUUGUUGCAAAAUCACCAUCACUCGUGUUCACGUCGAUCAUACGUUAUUUACUGAGCAAUAAAGGAAGAAUGUUUGUCACAGUGCAGUUUGGCGAAGGUCACUCAGAAAUAUUUAAUACAAACUGCAGGGUCAUAAAUUUCAUCCACUGCUUGAAGGAGCGAUGCAGUCUGGAUCCUGAAGAGUGUGUGGACUUAGUGGACAAGACAGGGGAGCUGGUGAACUUGAGUGACAGAGAGCAGUCUGCAGAGAGGGCAAACUAUCUACUGAGGGAGAGGCAUACCUACGUACUCAUUCGAGUCACCAGGGGCGAUGGAACGGAGGGUCAUAAAUACGAGCCUCUUCUGAAAGACCUGGGGAAGAAUUACCCAGAGUUAGCAGACCUUCUGAAGAAGCUGUCAAACCCCCAAAAGGAGAGGGACAAGAGGAGCCUCUCUAGGAGGGGGUGGCCACAGAGGGACACCUCCACCAAUCAGUCAUCGAGGAGCAAACGUGCCGCCAGCCCCAAGAAGAGUGGCGCUGUCACACUCAGGAACUGACAUUGGCCUACGUGGACUACAGAGUGGGGAACUGCGAGCUUGAGGUCACUACUGUGGCGCUGUCUUUGGGAUCUCCCAUAAAGCAGAAACAUCCUCUCUGUGCUCCAUUGACAAACUCACUGCCACAGCUGACACACUAAGGAAGGGUUGGUUUUAACGACUAAUUUCUUAAUCUCUUUGAUCUUUUUCUUCUUUCUCAUUCCCUCACAAAGUGAAUUUCAGAUCCUGUAUCCUGUCCCUGGUGGUCUCUUGGCAGCAAUGGGUCUUUGUGCUCCAUGAAUAAACCCUAGCUUCACUCCACUGUCUCAUUUCAUCAAUAUGCAUUGUCUAGCACAAAGAUCGGUCUAGUGACUCUGUCUGAAUCCAUUCCCUCCCAAACAAUGUAUGUCAUAAGAGGACUAUUUCUGGCCUUGCUAGUAUUUCCUGACUUUGGAGUUCAUACAUUUUCACUGUGUAACAGUGACCCAACUCACUCGGCUCCCCUCUGUUGACAGUCAUUACUUGGCUAUAUUAUUUGUUUUCCUAUUGUUUUUGGAAUAAUAUCUGUACUCUCCCCAUGCCUCCCAAGCAGUACACCUUAACAUUAUUGUUCUUUUUUUUCAUUCUGUGACCGAAGUGAUAUAUAUAUAUAUAUCCUUUUUAUGUAAUAAAAAUUUUUUGUUGGAACAUUCAGUUACUACUUUUAAAGGAUUUAUUUAUUACAUGCACAGUUGGAAUCUUGGAUUCAAUCUAUUUUUAAACUGUAAAAGAAUGGUCAUUGAUGUUUCAUAGUAAUUUUUCACAAAUUUGCCCUUUGUGAUCAAACUGCAGCAGUGUGUUACAACUGAUUGUCUCUAUCAGGCACUGUGUGCAAUUUAACAUGAAUAGAAGAAGUAUUAUGUUCCCUUCACUCUUCCCCUGGACUUACUUGAAUUCUUGGUCACAUUAAAAAGCUUUUUUUCUCAUUUAAAUAAAUAAUCAAUUAAUAUAAAAAAAAUAAUGGAUAUAUCUACAUAAAUAUUUUAAAAUAUAUAUAUUCAACAGUGUAUGCUGUAAACAGGAUAUGGUGGAAUAUUUGGAAUUUUUUUGAAAUAAAACCAGUAAUGGGAAUGUG